AUGCCUAUACCUUAUUUUAUUGAUAUAAAUGUUAAUAUAUCAGCUGUUGAAAAAUCAAUAAACUUUAUUCAAAAAGAAACAUGUAUUCAAUUUAAAAAAUAUCAUGCAAUGAUAUCAGAAGUUGUUGGAAUUAGAUUCUGGUAUGGACCAGAUUGUAGUAGUAAUGUAGGAAAAAAAUUUAGAAAGAAAUGGCAAAAUAUAAGUUUAGGAAAGGGUUGUGAUCAUUCAGGACAAAUUCAGCAUGAAAUAUUACAUACAUUAGGUUUUUAUCAUGAACAUAGUAGAAUAGACAGAGAUAAAUAUCUUAAAAUUUAUUUUCAAAAUAUUAUUCCUUCUCGUAAACAAAGUUUUGAUAUUGUAUCAAAAAAAGAUUCAAAUACUUUUGGUGUUCCAUAUGAUUAUGGAUCUGUGAUGCAUUAUGGCUUAUAUUAUUUUACUAAAAAUAGAGGGAAAACUAUGAAACCAUUUGACUCAUUGUAUGAUAUGACACCAGGACCAAAAUCAAAAAUGUCAUUUGCUGAUAUAAAAAUGUUAAAUAUUUAUUAUUGUAAAAAUAUAUGUAGGAAAAAAAUUAUUUGUUUUCAUUAUGGAUAUCAAAAUCCCAAUAAUUGUGGUAUAUGUAAAUGUAUUGAAGGCUAUAGUGGACCUCAAUGUAAAAUCAUAACACCACCGUCAUAUGGAUGCAUUCAAUCACAAUUUAUGGCAAAAAAUACCCCAACUAAAUUUGAAUUUCAUGGAGCAUACAGUUGCACAUUUCAUUUCUUAGCAUAUCAUAAUAGGAGAAUUUUGAUUGAAAUAAUUUCAACAGCAUUAUAUCCAAAUCAUGGUUCAUUUUGUCUUUCAGAAAAUAGUCUGGAAAUAAAAUUUUGGAAAGAUAAAACUGUUACUGGAGCUUUAUUUUGUAUGUAUAAUUCAAAUAUUACAAUUAUAUCUCAUAGUUCUAGUGUUAUAAUUCAUUAUAGAAGUAACAAUCCUCAAAAUCGUGUUAUAUUAAUGUAUAAAUCUGUGAAAAAGUCAUUUGAUCCAACAUAUAAAAAUCCAUUUUUUUUAUUUAACUUUUUUAAAAAACAAAGAAAUCAGAAUGUACAAAGUAGAAGAUUAUCUAUUUAA